CGCGAUAACGUUGGGCACGUGAUGAUCUCCAUUCGUACCCCUGGCUGGAAUUUUCGAACGUGGCAGCUUCGAAGGAGGCUCGCGCUUGCUUGCUCUUGGUGGAUUCUUAGCCUCACCUCGAAUUCUAGGCGACGGGUGCGACUUGAUAUCGCUGAGAAGAGCUUCAAAGGAGACAAUCUUUCCGGGGCCUCUUUUAAGAGUCGCAAUAAUUACCCACAACUUCGAUUGAUUCUUCUGUACAGCUACCACCAUGAGAGCCCUCCUCCCCUUCCUCGCCCUGAGCUCCGUCGCCCAGGCGCUCUAUUUCUAUAUCGACGGCCAAACCCCGAAGUGCUUCAUCGAAGACCUUCCCAAGGACACUCUGGUUGUUGGACAUUACACAGCAGAAGAAUUUGAUGACCACCGGCAAGCAUGGUGGCAGCACGAGGGGCUUCAUGUCUACAUCUCAGUUGACGAAAUCUUCGACAACGACCACCGGGUGGUGUCCCAGACGGGCGGCAGCAGCAGCAAGUUCACCUUCACGGCCGCCGACGCGGGCGAGCACCGGGUCUGCUUCACACCGACGUCCAACAGCGGGCGGGGCAACUGGCUGUCGACGUCGGCACCCAACGGCGGCAUCCGGUUCACCCUCGACCUCGCCACGGGCGAGUCGAGCGCCAUCGAGCGGAACGACAAGGACAAGCUCGAGGACAUUGCCACCCGCGUCAAGGACCUGAACGCGAGGCUCAACGACAUCAGGAGGGAGCAGGUGUUCCAGCGGGAACGAGAAGCCGAGUUCCGUGACCAGUCCGAGUCGACCAAUGGUCGCGUCAUCCGGUGGAUUCUAAUCCAGUUGACGAUCAUGGGCGCUACGUGCGUCUGGCAGCUGUCCCACCUGCGGUCCUUCUUCAUCAAGCAGAAGCUCACAUAAGGGAAAGGCCGCCCAUGUCGUUUGGCGGCUACGCUACACCGGUUUCUUCUUUGCUUUUGCUGUUAUUCCCGCGGGGGGACGAGCCUUGGAUGACGGAACGGUGCGGACUGUGUGGAGCUGUAUGGUAAAUCGGACGGGAACCAGGCGGGGAUACCACCAGUCCAUUCAUAAUCAUCGUUAUAUAGAGAUGAUGGUGCGUUUUGAGUGCGGCAUUUGCUCUCGAUGUGACGAUGAUACACAUUUGACAUGGCUUUUGGAGAACGGAACUCUGGUCUCGACGAUUCUCAAAUAUCUAUAAUUCUACGGUAGAGAGAAGCCCUCAGUGUGGUUCUUCGGCGAGGCCGAUGAAAAAACAACCCCAAAAAAACAAAGCCUUGCCC